CUUACCCGGCUAAUGUGCAUUGCAAUUCAGUGUCGCCACUAAAUUGUCGAAAACACACCUCUUCACAUAGAGGUACUGAGAUUUGUGUUUGACAGCACUAUUCUUCCAUUCUUUGUCUUAUGGUCGAAACUGAAUAUGACAUCUGUUCUCUCAACAAUACAAGCCAUCAGCGCUGCAGAGCGGCUGGACUCUCGUGGGAAUCCUACCAUACAAGUGUCAAUCACGACAAAAGACGGGAUAUUCAAAGCUAUAGUUCCUUCAGGAGCUUCCAAGGGCGAUUAUGAAGCUGUCGAGAUUCGUGACAACGACACAAAAAGAUAUCAUGGUAAGGGCGUACGCACUGCGGUGAAUAAUGUGAACGACAUCCUCGCCCCUGCAAUCCUGAAGAAGCAGUUCGUGCUGCCUAAGGAUGUGGAUGAGAUUGACAGGUUCAUGAUUAGCAAAGAUGGUUCGGAUGAUAAGAGUAUGCUGGGUGCCAACGCGAUUCUUGGUAUUAGCAUGGCUGUUUGGCGUGCAGCUGCGGCUGCAAAGGGAUUUCCUCUCUAUCAGUUCAUCAAAGAUUAUGCUGAUACCAAGGAGCCAUACGUUAUGCCUUGUCCUUUCUUUAAUGUUCUUAAUGGCGGUGUACAUUCAGGGAAUACCAUGGCUUUCCAAGAGAUGAUGAUUGCGCCAGUAGGAGCGCAGAGCCUUACCGAGGCUGUGAGGAUGGGAUCGGAGGUAUAUCAAGAGCUCAAGGAGGUAAUCAAAGGUAGAUAUGGAACUACAGCCACUGGCAUAGGUGAUGAGGGAGGCUUUGCUCCACCAAUUUCAAGCCCACGUCAAGCACUGGAUCUCCUAACCACUGCAGCGGAGAACUGCGAUUACUCUGGAAAGGUCAAAUUCGCCAUGGACCCUGCUUCUUCGGAAUUCUACAAUAAGGACGACGGCACCUAUAACAUGGGUUUCAAAAAGACGAAAAAUGACCCGACCGCUCAGAAAACCGACAUUUGCUCCAAGUCAGAUAUGAUGGGGCUGUAUCAUGAGCUGAUGGAUGAUUAUCCGCUUGUAUUACUCGAGGAUCCAUUUGCACAGGAUGAUUGGGAGACAUGGGCUGAAUUUAAUAAGAAUUGUGCGAUUCCGUUGGUAGGAGAUGACUUAUUGGCUACGAAUAAGAAGCGGAUUGAAAUGGCUAGGGAGAAAAAGGCUUGUAAUGCGCUGCUGUUGAAGAUCAAUCAGAUUGGAACUAUUACAGAAGCGAUUGAGGCGUAAAUACUUCUGAUCUACAUCGCAAAACUUGCAAGACUAAAGGCUGACAACUAGAGCAGGGCCAAGCAAGCGUACAGCUACGGAUGGUCCGUCUUCGUAUCACAUCGCUCCGGUGAGACUACCGACGACUUCAUCGCGGAUGUUGUGGUGGGUUUGCGGGCCGGACAUUUGAAGUCUGGGAGUCCGUGCCGCGGAGAAAGGGUGGCGAAGUACAAUCGUCUGAUGGACAUCGAAGACGAAAUUGCUCAGCGAGGCCAAAGCUACAAGUUUGCGGGCCACAACUUCAGAUACGCGGCUACGAUGUAAAUACAUGCAAACUUUCGGCAGAUUAAUGGGACUCUUUGAAUUUCUCAAUCCUAGACCCUUUUCAUGCUAUCCCGAGCAGAGUGUUAAUGCCGAUAUUCUACAUAUUCAAGCUGCCGCUAGGCAGAGUUAUAGUAGACCAGCCAAAUGACAGUUCACCAAUGAUCAUAUCCUUUUCA